AUGAGCGCGGCGGCGCAGUCCCCGGCGUUGCGGCCGACAGAGGCCGGCGGGGCGGGCGAGCGGGAGCCGCUGCCGCCCGGCUGGGAAGUGAAGAUCGACCCGCAGACCGGCUGGCCCUUCUUCGUGGACCACAACAGCCGCACCACCACCUGGAGCGACCCCAGGCUGCCGCAGCAGGGCGACCACCGCAAGGAAAAUCAAUCAGCGAAUGGUCUAUCUGGAAAUAGUCCAAACGUGUCUCAAGCAAGAGAAGGAAAUAUGGGAUACCCAAAGCUUCGUGCUGGUUACAUCCCCAUUCCUGUAAUACAUGAAGGUUUGGACAACAGGCAGCAACAUUCAUACUAUUCUGGCUAUCAGCCUAGCAUGCAACGAGUCAAGACAGAAACCAUUCCUCCCACAAUGCGAGCAUCAUCACCAAUAAGGGGAAAUUUUGCCCGUUCACAGUCCCCAGCUAUGGGAAUGGCAGAAGUUGGCCAGGCAGAUAAACAAUGUGGACAGACAACAGCAGCUGCCCCAACACAAGUUCCCUCCUCACAUGGAUCUGAGCAAUCUCCAUCAACUGCACCUUCCGAGUCACCAACAAUUUCUCCUCAGCUAUCAGGAAGACCUAGCCCAGGAGGCCAACAACUCCCUCGUGGGUAUAUUCCUAUCCCUGUCAUCCAUGAGGGAAAUAUUCCAAGACAACCAUCACAGGCCUAUCAUCAAGCACAGAAGACACAUUAUCCAGCUCAGCAGAGUGAUUACCAAGCUCACCAACCAGUGUACCAUCAAAUCCAGGUUGAUAAUGUGGAUCAGAAGCCACAAAGGGCACCGUCCCCAUUUAGGGCAUCACAGAGAGGCUCGGGAAGUCGUGAAAGUUCACCAGGCAGAGUCCAAUCUCCAACUCCCAUCAGAGUACAAUCAGUCAAACCUCAAGUGAGUGUGGUUUCUCAGCAACAAGUGCCAACCCAAGGAACAUCACCGACGUUACCGCCUGAUGCUAAGUUUGAAAACAAGGCAGUCCCAAUGCCUGCUCCUUCUAUCCCCAUUCAAGUCAACCGUACAGAUGCAGAUACUAAGCCGUCCCCACAAAAACCACCUCCCACAGCAGAAAAUGUUGAUAAAAAGAUUCCUUGCCCUGCUAAAGCAGCUCCUGUAGAAGAAAUAUCUCCCCCACAAGAAAGCAAACCACAGAAAACUUCAGAGGCAGAAGAGCCUCCAAAACAUCCAGGACUUUUGAAAGUUGAAGCUGUUCUAAACAGAGUACAAUUACUGGAGCAGGAAGUCGAUUCUUUUCAAGGUAAGAAGAAUGGCAAAAAAUAUCUAAUGAUAGAAGAGUAUUUGACCAAAGAGCUGCUAGCCUUGGACUCUGUGGACCCAGAGGGUCGUCCUGAUGUUCGACAGGCCAGGAGAGAUGGAGUAAGGAAAGUCCAGAAUAUCUUGGAAAGACUUGAACAGAAAGCAGAAGAUGUUGCAGAGCCUAAUCAAGGGGAUGGACUUCACUCACAUUUGCCUGAGAAUACUCCAUCAUCACAGGAAAACAUGGAUGUGGAUCCUAGGGCGGAAAACCUUACUAAGGAUAUAAGUAAUGAGAAUGCCAAGGAACAAAUCAAAGUGGAAAUGAAUCAGCCUGGAAAUAAGGAAGGAGUAGUUACCAAUCUUGCCAAAGAAACAAACACAUCUGAAUAUGCAACUGAACCAUAGCCAGAGGCAAAAAUUAAAAUCCUUGAACUCUUUAAAUUAAAGUGUGUGUUAAGUGAAUUUUAACUUGCAUGCAUUCAGGAGCUUUUCACCAAUUGGUUUUUAAUCAAAAUAGCAGCUUGGAACACUGUAAACACUCAGGUGAGGGAGAUAUGGAGGCAUAAAGAAAAUACAUUUAGUCUAUAUUCUAUCUGUUGUUUGCAGGAUUGGCUCAAAGAGCAUCAUAUAAAAAAUGGAUGUCUACCCAUUGGGGGAAAUUGGGUUAAUAUUGGCAAGUAUACUGACUAAUGUAAAACAUAUUACCUAACCAUAUCAGGAUAAUUUUUUUAAAAAAAAACACUAUUGAAGGGAAAGAUUUUUACUAUUAGGCACUUUAAAGUAACAAUGCCUUGAAAGUGUGUUGAGAAAAUAUAGAUAUAUUUAUAUGUGUUGAGAACUUUAGUGCUAUAUUUUAAAUGGGAAAAAAUAAAAUUCUGUAGGAACCUGA